UGCAAAAUCUCGCAGUUUAUGCAGACCCGACGCUUACAAUCAACAGCUUGAAGGAGAGAAUUUCAGUCAGGUCAGCUGUCGUUCCCUUUUUCUCAUGAAUCCAACUCGCUGCAUUCGCUGAUUAUUAGAGAAAAAAAACCCAAUCUUUUGAUAGUAACAAUAAAUAAAAGUAGGAGAAGCUGCAUCCUCCAUGGCUUCAGCUCCUUCCAAGCUCUAUGCAGAUGAUGUUAGCCUUGUGGUAGUUUUGCUGGACACUAACCCAUUUUUCUGGAGCUCCUCCUCACUCUCUUUCUCUCAGUUUCUCUCCCAUGUUCUUGCGUUUUUGAAUGCGAUAUUGACUCUGAAUCAGCUAAACCAAGUCGUGGUUAUUGCUACUGGAUAUAAUUCCUGUGACUAUGUCUUUGAUUCGUCUUCAGAUUUGAACCGGAGUUUUGAGAAUGGGAGAAUGCCUGUUAUGUGCUCCAGUUUGUUGCAGAAGUUGGAGGAAUUUCUUAUUACAGAUGAGCAGUUGAGCAAGGAGGAACCUGAAGGAAAGAUUAAGCCUUCCCUUUUCUCGGGGUCAUUGUCAAUGGCUCUUUGUUAUAUACAGAGAGUGUUCCGUUCAGGAGCCCUCCAUCCACAUCCUCGAAUCUUAUGCUUGCAGGGAUCACUAGAUGGACCUGAACAAUAUGUUGCAAUCAUGAACGCGAUAUUCUCUGCCCAACGCUCUUCGGUUCCUAUAGAUUCUUGUUACAUAGGUUCUCAAAAUUCAGCCUUCCUGCAGCAGGCUUCUUACAUAACUGGUGGUGUACAUCAUAAACCGCAAAAUUUGGAUGGGCUGUUUCAGUAUCUCAUGACUAUUUUUGCUACUGACUUGCAUUCUCGCAGUUUCAUACAUCUUCCAAAGCCUGUUGGGGUUGAUUUUCGCGCCUCAUGUUUUUGCCAUAAAAACACCAUUGACAUGGGCUACAUAUGUUCUGUAUGUUUGUCAAUUUUCUGCAAGCAUCACAAGAAAUGUUCCACCUGCGGGUCUGUAUUUGGUCAAGCUCAAUCUGAGGCGGCUUCGGCAUCUGACAAAAAGAGAAAGACUCCUGAGACAUAAAGUUAAUUAAGGACGUUACAGAAGUUUUAUAAUCUACUAAAUUUGGGCAAGUCUUUCUUGCUUAACAAUUUUUGUUUCUUGAGAGAACAAAAACUUUCUCCUUGCGCAACCAUUUGAUAUGCGGAAUUUGUACAUCAUAAAUUAUUAAAUGUGAAAGGUUGAGCCACCAUUUACAAA